UGUCCCGUCUCCUCCAUUUCUCCUCCGACUCCGAGCUCUCCAGUCCAGCCUCGCCGCGAGAAACCCGUCCCGGAUGACGGAGGCCGUGGAAGCACCGGAGGCGCGGGAGAGGGUGCCGUCGUCGCGGCCCUACUGACAGCACCCGCCACUUCCACCGCCGCGCGCCGGCGUCCCCUCCGGCGACGGGUCCUCUGUUAGGCCCUCCCUCUUCUCUGUUUGAGAGGUAAAGCACCCAUGGAUCCACUCCAAAAAUCCAAGGCUUUGUGCCUGAAGCGCAAGCCCGAUGAUGAUUGCUUGGCGAAAAACAGCAAGUCCCAUCGAACUGAAAUUGAUAAUGUAUCUUCUAAGGUGCACAGCGGAUCCUCAUCGGAUUUACCUGCUCACAGUUGUCACAGCCAGCCUAAUCUUGCUAAUGAUUGUGUUAAUUACCUGAAAAGUGGGGCGCCAAGUCGUGUCAUGUUUUACAAACAAGGUUCAUGGUGUGACUUUCCUGACAAGAUAGUCACAUCCAUUGUUGAUGCAUUCGGAGGUGACAAAUCUAGUAUCGUUGUUGUGAUGGAUGACCAGCCUCUCCUUAUUGAUUUCUUAUCAAUGACCUUGGUGAACCUAAAAACGAGGAAACAGCGAUCUGUUGCAUGGCUUGAUGGGACUAACAACUGGUCUUUUCCGUCUUCAUUCUUUGAUGAGGAAGUUGAAGAAUCCGCAAAGUUGAGCAGAAAUGUUGUUGAAGGUGCUGCACUAGGUUCCAUUAGGGGUAAUGGUAUGAAGUCUCCAUCUGAUGUGGCGAAACAAGCUAUGCUUGAAGCCAGCCCUCCAGUUAUACAGAGUUCUUGUGCUUUAGAUAUAUUGCGUAAGAAGAUUGUACAUGUUGAAAGAGGUAGCGAAAGCUUUCUGUUUGUUCAGAACCUUUUCCUCUCUGGUAUGGGUUCAUUUGCAGUGCCUAACAACAUUCUUCAUAUUCAUCGGUACUCUCCAAAGGAUAUCCCUGCACAGCGUAGACUUGAAGCUUUUGAGAAACAGUUGAGGUUGACAGGACAGAAGUCUGGCAAUGCAAAUGCAAAAUAUGGAUGGCUUGGAUCCAGAAAGCAAGACAUUGUCAGUGUUAUGGUUAAUGGUUUUGUUAGCACUGGAGAAAACACUCGUGAUACGGCAAUGGCCGAUGGCAUUUAUCUGUCACCUGAAAACCGCGCCUUUACAAGUGUUGGUCUUUGUGAUGUUGACGAAAAAGGGGUACAGUAUAUGUUGUUGUGCCGAGCCAUAUUGGGCAAAACAGGAGUUAUCAAACCAGGUUCACAGGAGGAGUUUCUAGGCAUAUAUGAUUCUAGCGUUGAUGAUUGCUCAAACCCAAACUAUUAUGUGAUCUGGCCAUCACAUCGAAGCACUAAUAUUUCUCUGGAAUACCUUAUAAGUUUCAGGCUUGCUCCAAAAGUUCAAGAGUAUGUUCGUAGCUUGAAGGGUUUAUGGUUGCGCCCACCUCCAGGUGAAGUGAAAGUGGAUCCUUCUAUUCUUCAACCAGUACUAUGUCAAACUGAUGAAGGGCCAACGUCUCCAUGGAUUUCAUUCAGAUUGCUCUUUGAGACAAUACAAGACAGUAUAUCGUCUUUAGCGAGGGAAUUGCUCUAUCGCCACUAUGAGGAGUUGAAGGAAAAUAAGAUUACUCGUGAUGAAAUGGUCAAGAAAAUGAUGAUAAUAGUUGGAGAGAAAUUACUUCUGGAUUCCUUGACAAAACUUAAAUACAGUCCAUCAUUAUGGUACAACUCUCCUGCAAAAAGUACCAGUUAUUCUGCAGCACUGGGAUCUGUCGGCAUUGGGACAGGUACAGAUGUUGUAUCUGCAACUCCUAGUCACGAUGGUCCAGCACCAAGUGUACUUCGUGAGAAUUGUGAACCUGUGAAUUCCACACGUGGUGGUUCUCCUGCGAAUGCGGUCCGAGGACAGCAUUCGCCCACCCCAAGUAUGUGUUCGGACAGCUCUUCAUCUCGCUGUACUAACAGCCAGUAUCCUUUUGAACCGAUGGUGGCACAUCUAGGUCAUGAUGCCCUUGUGAGGAGUGCUUUGCUCAGUGUUAAUGGCUUGGAUUCUGCUGGACCAAGCAUGGAGUAUAAUGGUCAUGAUACCCUCGCACGAAGCAGUUCUGAAGGCCAUGAUUCUCAUGUAUCAGGACCAACACUUGGAAACUCUGCAUCUGUCAGUAUGGAAGGCCUGCAUUCUGCUGCACCAGGUAGGACACCUGAAGCCCAUGACGCUCUUGCAUCCAAUAGGGCACAUGAAAGUGUUGCUGCAACUCCAGGCGUAUCAUGUCAAGCCUAUACUCCAAGUAGGAUUCCUCAGUUCUCCGCGGCGACAAGUAUGGCGCCUGAGCUCCGUGCACCAAGAAGUAUGGCACCGCAUCUCAGUGCGCCAAGAAGUAUGGCGCCUGAGCUCCGUGCGCCAAGAAGUAUGGCACCGCAUCUCAGUGCGCCAAGAAGUAUGGCGCCUGAGCUCCGUGCGCCAAGAAGUAUGGCACCGCAUCUCCGUGCGCCAAGAAGUAUGGCGCCUGAGCUCUGUGCACCAAGAAGUAUGGCACCACAUCUCUGUGCACCAAGAAGUAUGGCACCUCAUCUCCGUGCGCCAAGAAGUAUGGCACCUGAGCUCUGUGCACCAAGAAGUAUGGCACCGCUUCUCCGUGCGCCAAAAAGCAUGGCGCCUCACCUCCAUGCGCGAAGCAAGGUGGCUAAAGUUCCUGCAAAAAAGACCAUGCCUGAAGCCAACUAUUCCAGUGCAGCAACUGUGGUUCCUGUGAUCUGUAAACCUCCGUCAUCGAGUGUUUUACCAAAAGAGAAGAGUCAUCCUACAUCAAGCAAGGAGUGCAUGACAUCAGAAAAUGUGGCUCCACAGAAUCUAGCAGCGCAGUGUGGAUCAAACAAGAGCCUCCCCAGGAUAGGCGUUGACGGUAGCAGCACCGCCGCGUAUUCAGCAGAUAGACUCGUCACCCUGUCAGCGGAGGGCGAGAAAUGCCUGUAAAAGAUCAUAUUGUGUCAGUGACCGCGUUCCCGCUGAAACCCUUAUGUGUGGCGUGAGACAACCCGUUCCCCUGUGGAUGCACAUGAACAAUUGGUCUUAGCCUGUUACUCUGGCAGGUCUCCGCUCACUCUUGUACAAAAAGCAGUAACUCGUACAAAUCCCCUCACGCGACGCAAAUUUUGCCUUGUCGACUUGGAUUGUUGAUCUGUGGUGGUCAGUUAGUGUUUCUCACAUGUCUUCCUACCUGGCUUAGGCAGUGACUAACUGACUAUGGGCCAGUUGUUUUGAGCUUCUGCAGCGGAUUCAGAAUCUGAAUAGAAGUGUGUUUCGCCCCUCAGCUUCAGUGGUGUUCUCCGCACUUUGUACAAAGAAAAGUUUCUGAAUGCUGUUCGGCUGCUUGAUGAUGCCGUGUGCAGCAUUCCGGUACGAUGUGAUACUCGUUACUUUCUGAAAUGAAACCCAUAAACUGAAACCUAUUUUAUUUUUU